AUGGCGUCGAUCAGUAUCUGGGAAUGCGGCGGGGGUUACGCCAAUAAUGCUAACGGUAACUAUAAUGGCAGUGAGGUGGUCGAGCGCUCGGGGCUUGAUAUGAUAUUCGUGAAUUUUAACUAUCGUGUUGGUGCCUUGGGGUUUUUGGCCAGUGAGAACGUUCGAAAGGACGGCGAUCUCAACGCCGGACUUCUUGAUCAGAGAAAGGUUUUGGAAUGGGUACAGGAGAACAUCCGGGAAUUCGGUGGAAGUAAAACGCAAGUCGUCAUCCACGGUGAUUCGGCAGGUGCUGGAUCAGUUGCGCACCAUCUCGCGGCCUACCGCGGGACAUCUAGCAAAAUGUUCUCUGGGGCUAUUGCAGAGUCUUCCUUCUGGCCCACGCAACGGACUAUUGCCGAUAUGGAAUUUCAAUACGAAAGAUUCGUGGAAGAUGUCAACUGUCACGAAGCAGACGAUCCACUUGCCUGUCUUCGCGCUGCCGACAUCCAAACCAUUCAAGCGGCAAACGUCGAUAAGCCAUUUCCAGGCGGGAACACCAACCCGGCACCACUGUGGUACUUUCUCCCUGUCGUUGACGGAUGCCUGAUUACUAGUAGCUUGUAUGAUUCCUUUUCGAGUGGCCAAUUUGUUCGGGUUCCACUCAUGGUCAGCGAUGACACGAAUGAAGGCACCGAUUUCGCAUACAAUGCUACAGACCAAGCUGAGAUGGCCCAGUUCAUGAAAAACAACUAUCCCAAGCUCACAGAGAACCAAUUGGACCAAGUCAACAAAGCGUAUCCCCUUGUGGACCUUCUCCCUAAGCAUGCAGCAUAUUUCCCAUCGGCAAGUGCCGCCUACGGGGAGUCGACAUUUACCUGCCCCGGAAACCUGAUGGCGGCAGCCAUGGCACGAACCUUCGGCCCCGACAAGGUCUGGAACUACCGAUACAACGUCCGGGAUCCCAUCGAGAUUGCGAACGGUAUGGGUACACCCCACGUCUUUGAUUUGCCUGCGAUUUUUGGAAUUGGGGAAACGAACGAACCGACCUUAUCGUACCCCAGCAUUAAUAAGGACAUUAUAAACACCGGCAUGGACUACUACAUUAGCUUCGUCAAAGUGCAGAACCCUAAUUACUUCAAAAACGCGAAAGCUCCGGAGUGGAAGCCUUGGGGUUCAGGAUCCGGACAGCGCAUGAAGCUUCAGACGAAUUCGACGCAGAUGGAGGCAGUUCCUCGGUCACAGCUGGAUCGUUGUAAGCUCUGGCUGAACCUGGCGGCCAGCAUGGAACACUGA